AUGGGUAAAGUCAAAGUUAUAAACUCCCAUGUGUUCAAGCAAUUGGUAGAGAAGUCAAUUCCCUCGUCUAGAGUAAUCAAAUUGGAUGCCACCUGGUAUAUGCCCAAUAAUCCUAAAAAUGCCAAACAGGAAUUUUUGAAUCAAGCCAGAAUUCCUGGUUCGGGAUACUUCGAUUUGGAUGAAAUUUGUGAUCCCAACUCCAAAUAUCCUCAUAUGUUAGCUAACUAUGACAUUUUGAACAGCUCAUUAAAUGGAUUGGGUUUGAAUAAAAGUGAUAAGUUGGUAUUUUACGAUAAAUCAGGUAUUUUCUCCAGUCCUAGAGCUGCAUGGAAUUUGAUUUUGGGUGGUCAUGAACAGGUUUUCUUAUUGGACCAUUACAAAGAUUAUGUUAAUGAAGGCAACGAAGUUUCAAAAGAACCAGUUGAUGAUUUCAGGCCCCAAGCAGUUACAACAAAUGGUUAUGAAAUGAUAUCUGGAGAGGCUUAUUCAAAGAACUAUGCUCAACAAGUGAUUGAGUACGAGGAAUUAUUGGAAUUGGUAUCAACGGGAAAGUUGGCUGAGCAAUAUAUCACAUUUGAUGCCAGAUCCAAUGACAGAUUCAGUGGUGCAGCACCUGAACCAAGACCUGGUCUUCCUUCUGGACAUGUUCCUUCAUCUUUGAACUUACCUUUCACCAAGGUUCUCAAUGAAAAUGGUAAUUUCAAAUCCAAGAGUGAAUUGGUGGAUCUCUUCAAAGCUGAUUAUGGCUUGGAUUUAACUAAAUCUGUAAAUGGUAGGAAAGGUAUAAUUGUCAUGUGUGGUACAGGGGUCACUGCAGUAAUUUUAAGAGUAGCCAUCGAAUCAAUACUUGAAUCACCCAUCCCCAUCAAAGUAUAUGAUGGAAGUUGGACUGAAUGGGCACAAAGAGCUCCAACAGAAUUGAUUGUAAAAGAUUAG